AUGCUUUCCCAUCUUGUACCCACACAGAUUUGCUCUACUCAAAACUUCUUACUCAAGACCUCCGUCCGUUUGGUUUCCCGAAAAUAUAUUCGACCCCAUCCUCGACCCUACAAACGACGUUGGUUCGAAGCAGCCGUAGCGCCAGUAAUGCCCGCAAGCAGGCGACUUUGUCCGUCUGUGGUUGAAAUGAAGCAACAAUUUGAACGAGAAAGAAAUGAGGUGAUAUUCAUUUCAUAUUUGUAUUUCGUCAUCAUGAUAUCGAUUCAUCAAUUACUACGUUUGAAGGGUCUCGAGUUUCGUAAUUACGGUAAUCGUAUCAUGCAAAAAGCGUUCGAAGCAACUCCAUUGGAAACGUUGAAUGUUCUGUUGAUUGGUUCAAACUGUAUGUUAUUUGGUAAGAACAUGCAGUCGUUGAGGACCAUCGUUCAAGAAUGCGAUAAAUUGGCGUGGAUUGAACCACUGGCAGUUGUUUACGAUUCGAAAAUUUUAUCCAUGCAAGAAGUUCGUGAAUUGUGUAUGAAGAAAACAUUCGAAGAAAAUCGUUCCGAAGCAGUGAACACUUUUGAUGGAAUUUUAAUGGAAACGUCACAGUUACUUGAUUUACCUAAAACACUCACUCAACAAACUUUGGCGACUUUAGAUGGGCAAUUUGGUGAGUUAACUGGUAUUUUGGAAAAAAUUUAUUCUUCUGAACAUACCAGUACCAAGAAAUAG